AUGGCUCACCAAGGUCAAGCAGCGGAUUACUACAACCAGAAUAUGGAUGGCGCUCAAUAUCAGCAGACGGGCUAUCAACAAUAUCCUCCUCCUAGUGGGCCUCCGCAGGGCUAUGGACAGCCUUACAUGCCGCCCCAGCAGCCAUAUCCACCGCCUGAGGCCAAGUACGGCGUACAGCCCCCUACUUAUGGUCAGAAUUUCGUUCCGCCUCAAGACGACAAGCAGAGCUUCCAGGAGACGUUCAAAAUUCAGAAGCCCGAAUUCAAUGAUCUGUGGGCCGGACUGCUGUUUAUUGCAACCUUCUGCGGUUUCGUCGCCGUCUCCGGGCUUACCCUCUAUCGAUAUUCCAAGUACCACACGUUCAAUGGCGGGGGAAUCUAUGGAAGCAACAACGAUUUCUCCCUGGACACCAACACCAUCGUUCUCUUCGCUUUCGUCCUGUGCGUCGGACUGGUCUUCUCAUGGGCCUAUUUUCUGGCCGCUCGGGCCUUUACCAAACAAUUCGUAUGGCUGACAGGCAUCCUGAACUGUGCCUUGGCCAUCGCAACUGCUGUCUACUACCUGUACCGGCGUUUGUGGGGAGCGGGUAUUGUCUUCGCAAUCUUCGCCGUCUUUGCUGUGAUUUGUUUCAUCAGCUGGAUCCCGCGCAUCCCCUUCGCUGUGGUCAUGCUGCAACAGGCAAUGGAUAUCGCGAGAAUGAAAAGAGUGCACGUGUUCUGGGUCAGUCUCGUCGGAGGACUUGCUAGCGUGGCAUUUGCCGCCUGGUUCUCUGUGACACUGGUCGCCAUUUAUACCUCAUACAUGCCCAGUAAUUCGGGCAGCACUAGCAAUCCGUCGUGCGGAUCAGCAGGUUGCUCAAGUGGCAAAGUCAUCGGCCUGGUGGUGUUUGUCACAUUUGCAGGGUAUUGGAUCUCGGAAUGGAUGAAGAACACAAUCCACACCACCGUCGCUGGAGUUUACGGUUCCUGGUACUUUUGUGCAGGUAAACCAGGCGGCAUUCCUCGCGGUGCCACAGCCGGAGCCUUUAGGCGAGCCACGACUUAUUCCUUCGGUUCCAUCUCUUUCGGCAGCUUGAUUGUUGCUCUAAUCAACAUGCUUCGUCAAGCCUGCAGCAUCGCCCAACAGCAGGAAGCUGCCGAGGGCAACAUCAUUGGCACGAUCAUGUUCUGCAUCCUCGGCUGUUUUAUUGGGAUCCUGGACUGGGCCGUCCAGUUCAUCAACAGAUACGCAUUCUCUCACAUCGCUCUGUACGGAAAAGCAUAUAUCCCGGCGGCCAAAGAUACUUGGACGAUGAUGAGAGACCGCGGAGUGGAUGCGUUGGUGAACGACUGUCUCGUGGGACCCGUGCUGACCAUGGGAUCGGUGUUCGUCGCUUACCUCUCCGCUCUCCUGGCCUAUUUGUACCUGGAGUACACUCAACCAGCCUACAACGACAGCAGAACAUUCACGCCUGUCAUCAUGGCAUUUGCUUUCUUGGUUGGACUGCAGAUAUGUCAAACGUUUACCACCCCCAUCGGUUCCGGAAUCGACACCAUCUUCGUCGCCAUGGCUUGGGAUCCGCAAGUCGCCAUGACUGACCAUCCGGAGUUUUGGGAGCGGCUGGUGCAUGUGUAUCCCAGGGUCCAGCAAGUCAUGACUGGCGUAUGA